CUAGAAAAUCAGAAUAUCUGGCAGGAUAUUACGACUUUUAAGACAGCGCAGCCUAUCACCUCGUGGUUCAAAGUAGUUAUCCAUAAACUACCUACAAACCACGGCCUAGAGGUGAUCAAAGACGAAAUUGAGACCUUCAACAAGGGCCUCAAAGUAGUAGGCACUCCUUUCUGGCUCACUCCUGAGUCUAAGAGAGGACAGCAGAGCUAUGGCUCCGCCUGCGUCGCCUUUGCGACCGAAGAGGAGGCUCUUAAGGCUAUUAGAGGAAAGCUCUAUAUCCUAGGAGAGAGCCUAAGAGCAGAAAAGCUAAGAAUAGUAAGAGACGUUCAGCAGUGCGAUAGAUGCCAAGGAUUUGGACACGAAAAAGCUAGAUGUCUUAAGCUAGCCUGCCAGCUCUGUGCAGAGCCACACAGUACUAGUCAGCAUAAGUGUAAGACUUGUUCUACUAAAGGAAAAGCCUGCGUCCACACUAUAUAUAAGUGUGCUAACUGUGGCGAACCUCACGCAGCAAAUAGCCUAAGCUGUGAGAUUCUUACAGCAAGGGCUAGGCGCUAA